GUCUCCGUACGCAAGAAUCGCUCAGCGCUGUCUGAUAACCUCCACCCCUUCCAAACACGCGACCCAAGUUUAUGGCUGUUGCGCACUAACGGCCGCUGGUCGCGCUUUUUCUCCCAAAUCCAACUUUCAUCCCACUUGAGCGCGUUACGCCUACGAGUAGAUCUGAUUAGACUAUUCUACUUCGCCAAUACCUAAUACUGCAUAACCAACACCAUGUGUGGAAUCAUUGCUGUGAUCCACGGUGAUCCAAAGUCAUCCUCAGCCUCUGUCGAAAUCCACGAUGCGCUGUACCUCCUGCAGCACCGUGGUCAGGAUGCGGCCGGUAUUGUGAGCUGUAGCUCUGGUGGUCGUUUCCACCAAUGCAAGGGCAAUGGCAUGGCCUCCAAGGUCUUCCAGGAUGGAGCUCGCGUCGCUGACCUCCCUGGAUACAUGGGCCUUGGUCAUCUUCGCUACCCCACCGCCGGCAGCAGUGCUAAUUCGGAAGCUCAGCCGUUCUACGUGAACAGUCCGUACGGCAUCUGCAUGACCCACAAUGGCAAUCUCAUCAACGCCCCUGCUCUCCGCGAGCGCCUCGAUCAGGUAGCCCACCGACACAUCAACACAGAGAGCGAUAGUGAGCUCAUGUUGAACAUCUUCGCCGACGAGCUCAACGAGACCGGGAAGGCCCGUAUUAACGCCAACGAUUGCUUUGCAGCCCUGGAACGCAUGUAUAAGCUGUGCGUUGGUGGCUGGGCAUGCACCGCCAUGCUUGCUGGCUUCGGUCUGAUCGGUUUCCGCGAUCCCUACGGCAUUCGUCCCAUGGUCCUUGGUUCAAGGCCCUCUGACACCGGCAAUGGCUUUGACUACAUGAUGGCUUCCGAGAGCGUUGCCCUUGUGCAGUGUGGAUAUAAGACAUUCCAGGACAUUCUGCCCGGCCAGGCUGUGAUCCUCGAGAAGGGCAAGGACCCUGUCUUCAGGCAGGUCGCUAAGCAGGAGUCCUACACCCCCGACAUUUUCGAGUACGUCUAUUUCGCUCGUCCUGAUUCGGUUAUCGAUGGCAUCGACGUUGACGAAAGUCGACGCAACAUGGGCUACACGCUCGCCGAGACCGUCAAGAAGCAGCUGGGCCAGAAGAUCCUUGACGAGAUUGAUGUCGUCAUGCCUAUCCCAGAAACCAGCAUCACAUCUACUGUUUGCGUUGCAGAGGCACUGGGAAAGCCCUAUGUAGCAGGUUUCGUCAAGAACCGGUACAUCUUCCGCACAUUCAUCAUGCCAAACCAGAAGCUUCGCCAAAAGGGCGUUCGGGCGAAGCUCAACCCUAUGGUGCAGAAGUUCAAGGGCAAGAGCGUGCUUCUGGUCGACGACUCCAUCGUUCGUGGUACGACUUCACGCGAGAUCGUCCUGAUGGCUCGCGAGGCUGGGGCAAAGAAAGUUUACUUCGCUUCCUGCGCUCCUCCCAUUACCAAUGCUCACAUUUACGGUAUCGAUCUUGCAUCGUCAUCGGAACUUAUCGCACAUCAACGAGAUGCUGCUGCCAUUGCAGAGCACAUUGGUGCAGAUGGCGUCAUCUACCAAACGCUUGAAGACCUGCAAAGUGCGUGUGCGUCAUUGUCACCGCGCGACCCGAAGACACAAGGCUUUGAGGUCGGUGUCUUCUGCGGUAAGUACGUCACGCCUGUUGACGAAGGCUAUUUCGACCAUAUCGAUCGCAUCCGUGGUGAGAGGCGCCAGGCUAAGGUGCUGGACAACGCAAGAAAUGCCGUCCUGCACGGUACAGCCGACCCGCAGCAAGUUCGCAUGGCUGCCAAAGGUGUCGAGGUCGACCAACACGGCAACGUCAUCCCUUCAGGCGAGAGUGGGCUUAGCCCUGAGUGGCAGCCUGUGAACGCCCACGGGAUUGAGAAGGUUCCUACAAAUGAUAUCUCGAACCUCAAUAGCGGUAAUGGCCCAGAGAAUGCCCCGGUCACAAAUGGCAGCAGCCAGGACAUCAGCUUGCAUAACCACAACGAUUACUAGAUGGUUUUGGUCAGACCAAAUGGUGGCUGGAGGUCUUCAGUACAUACAGCUUUAUCUUCAAUAUGAAACGCGACGACACGCUGCAGUAUGAAUUACGAAAAGGAUGGAAUGGGACGGUGGCGUCGAUGGGUUUGUGACAUGGGUAUUAGACAUGCUCCUGGAGGUAUCCAGUCCAGCGAACUUUAGACGGUCGUUUACCUAGCGUGAUUUGGUACGAGGGAUCAAUUCGACUACUGCACACUCUC